AUGACAACAUCCGGGCACUUUGUUCAGCCGUACGUGGCAAAGGAAACCUCAACUUGUCAACGUGACAGAAAUAGUGUCAUAAGUAGCCCUUUAAUAGGAAAAGUAGAGAUCCUGAUGUUUUGACUGACUCUAAAGACAAUAUCAUGAACCCCCAGUUUAUGGAUCCAGGCCAAGGAGGUUAUGGCCAAGGGCCUCCACAUGGAUAUGGAGGCCCCCCACAACAAGGAUAUGGUAUGCCACCCCAGGGGGGUCCAAGUAUGGGACAGAGACCCCCAGGUCCCCCAGGGCAAGGGAUGUAUAAUGGAAAUGUCUCACAACAUGGUCCAUCAGGCCAUUUAGGUCCUCCUGCAAGCAAAGCUGGGAUGCCCCCACAACCAGGGUAUGGUAGCCCAGGUCCAGUACAAAAUGGACCUGGUUUAGGACCCCAGGGGGAUCAGUUCUCUCAGAGAGCUUCUCCAAUGCAUCGUCCACCUGGUCCUAGUCAGUUUCAAGCUGGUCCACCUGGUCAGCAUGGAACUGGACAAAGGGGACCACCGCCCUCUGGUGUAAUAAAUCAGCUCCCGAAUCAAAUGGCAUCAAUGAAUAUAGGAGGUGGACCACCUAGGGGAGGCAUGCAACCACCUGGCAUGCAGCAACCAUUAGGCUCACCUGGGCAAAGACCCCCAAUGCAGGGAGCUCAACAGCACCAGAUGGGGCCCCCACCACCUACAUCCAUGGGCAUGGGGGCACCACCCACAUCCAUGGGCAUGGGUGCACCACCUUCAUCCAUGGGAAUGGGUGCACCACCUACAUCCAUGGGCAUGGGAGCACCACCUACAUCCAUGGGUAUGGGAGCACCCCCCACAUCCAUGGGCAUGGGGGCACCCCCCACUUCAAUGGGCAUGGGUGCACCACCCACUUCAAUGGGCAUGGGUGCACCACCCACUUCAAUGGGCAUGGGUGCACCACCCACUUCAAUGGGCAUGGGAGCACCUCCAACAUCAAUGGGACAUCCACCACCUAUGGGCAUGGGAGCACCACCCAGCUCAAUGGGCAAUCAACCAGGCAUGGGAGCACCACCUACUUCUUAUGGCAUGCCUCCCUCAUCUAUGCAAAACCAAAUGCCCCCACCACCAGGACAUAAUGCUAUGGGUGGGGGUAUGUCGGGUGGCCCUCCUAUGGGAAUGUCUGGGCCUCCACCCAGGGGAAUGCCCUCUGGACAGGGUCCACCCAUGGGCCAGUAUGGUCAGCAGGGUGCUAUGGGUCAGUCCGGAUAUGCUGGCGCUCCAGUUCCUCAUCCAGGCAUGCACCAGCAGCCUGGGUACCCCGGGCAGCACCCUGGCAUGAACAUGGGCAUGUCACAGCCACAGCAGCCACGCAGACUAGAUCCAGACCAGAUGCCUAGUCCAAUUCAGGUGAUCACAGAUGAUCAGAAGGCUAACAGUGGGGUAUUCCAGACAGCACAGAGGGGAACAGUGCCACCCCUGGUCACAACAGAAUUUGUAACACAGGAUCAAGGCAAUGCCAAUCCACGUUUUAUACGUUCAGUAAUGUACAAUAUCCCUUGCACAAAUGACAUGAUAAAGCAGUGCCAUAUACCUAUUGCCUUAACAAUAAGUCCUUUUGCAAGACUUCAGCCAGGGGAGCUGCCCCCUCCUCUUGUGGAUCUUGGUGAGAUGGGUCCUGUCAGGUGUAAGAGAUGUAAAGCAUAUAUGUGCCCCUACAUGCAGUAUAUCGAGGGUGGCAGGAGAUUCCAGUGCGUCUUCUGUGGAGCUGCAACUGAUGUGCCACCUGAGUAUUUUGCUCAUCUAGACCACACAGGCAGGAGAGUAGACUGCUAUGACAGACCAGAGCUCUGCUUAGGUUCUUAUGAAAUGGUUGCCACCAAGGAGUAUUGCAAGAAUGGAGUUUUCCCAAAACCACCUGCCUAUAUCUUCAUGCUAGAUGUCUCCUACAACAGUGUUAAAAGUGGUCUGGUGGAGCUCCUCUGUUCUAGACUGAAAAAUGACAUUUUAGUCAACUUACCGAAAGAAACUGGUGCUGCUGAAUCUGAAAUUAGAGUAGGUUUUGUAACCUAUGACAAAGUUCUUCACUUUUAUAAUGUCAAGGGUGCUCUGGCUCAGCCCCAGAUGCUGGUGGUGUCAGAUGUGAAUGAUGUGUUCCUACCCCUCCUUGAUGGCUUCCUAGUCAAAUUAUCUGAGUCUGAAGCUGUCAUUGACACCCUCCUUGCCCAGAUCCCUCAGCUGUUUGCUGACACCAGAGAGACAGAGAUUUGUCUUGGCCCUGUGAUACAGGCUGGUCUGGAUGCCCUGAAGGCUGCCGACUGUGCUGGGAAACUGUUUGUCUUUCACACUUCAUUGCCAAUAGCUGAGGCCCCUGGCAAGCUCAGGAACAGAGAUGACAGAAAACUUCUGGGCACUGAUAAAGAAAAGACUAUCUUAGCUCCCCACGACAAUUUCUACACCAAGUUAGGGGUAGACUGUGUAUCAGCUGGCUGUGGGGUGGAUCUCUUCCUUUUCCCUAACUCGUACAUCGAUGUAGCGUCAAUAGGAGAAGUAUGCCGUCUAACAGGAGGCCAGGUGUACAUGUAUAAAUAUUUCCAGUGUGAGGAUCCAAAACUAGGUGACCUUGAUGGUGAGCGUUUUAUGUCCGACCUCAAGAACAAUAUAAAUCGUCCUGUGGGCUUUGAUGCCAUCAUGAGAGUAAGAACAAGUACAGGUAUAAGGCCUGUAGAUUUCUGGGGCAAUUUCUACAUGUCAAAUACCACUGAUGUGGAACUGGCCACAGUAGACACUGAUAAGGCAAUCAGUGUGGAGAUUAAACAUGAUGAUAAACUCAAUGAGGAAGAAGGGGCUUAUGUUCAAGUGGCUCUGCUGUACACCAGCAUCAAUGGCCAGAGGCGGCUAAGGAUACACAAUUUGUCUAUGAAUUGCUGCACACAGUUGGCUGAUGUCUUCAGGAGCUGUGAGCUGGACACACUUAUCAGUGUGCUGUCCAAAAAAGCCGUCAAGGAUGCCCUGAGUGUCCCCCCAGCAGAGGUCAGGGAGAAGUUGAUCAAUUCCUGUGCACAGAUAUUGGCCUGUUAUCGUAAGAACUGUGCCAGCCCCUCCUCAGCAGGGCAGCUGAUCCUUCCAGAGUGCAUGAAACUCUUGCCUUGUUACGCAAACUGUCUAAUCAAAAGCGAUGCUGUUCAGGCUGGUGGUGAUGUGUCCACAGAUGACCGCAGCUACAUGAUGCACCUGGUCAGUUCCAUGCCAGUGUCUGCCUCACAUGUUUUCUUCUAUCCCAGACUCAUGCCUCUGCAUGACCUUGAUGUAGAUUCCACCAGUAUGCCGCCUUUGGUCAGGUGUUCCGCAGAGAGACUCAAGGAUACUGGAGUGUACAUACUAGAGAAUGGGCUGUCUAUGUUUAUGUGGAUUGGUAUGAAUGCUAACCCAGACUGGAUUCACAAGGUGUUUGGGGUGCAGUCUGCAGCCCAAGUUGACAUAGAUAAGGGACAGCUUUUGGAACUUGACAACCCAAUGUCCAUCAGGGUCCGUGGUAUUAUUGCCAAAAUUAACCAAGAGAGGCAUAGGAAUAUGAAAUUAACCGUUGUUCGUCAGAGAGACAAGUUAGAGCCAUGGUUUAUGCACUAUAUGGUGGAAGACAAGGGAUCCAAUGGCACCUCGUCUUAUGUAGACUUUUUAUGUCACAUUCACAAAGAAAUUAGGAACUUGUUGAGCUAAAGCAAACAUUGAGCGAACUAUCAGAGGACCAGCAGUUAUAGAAGCAGUGUCAUACAUCUGUAUUUUUAAGUUAUGGAAUUUCAAAAUUCAACUGUGUAUUGACCUUACUACAUAACUCUUAUAUUAUAGUUGCUAAAAAAUUACAGGCAUUAUUGCUCAAUUAGAUAUUGAGAUUUUUGGAGCCCACAGUUGCAAGGUAUAUAGCAAUUAAUUGGUCAUAUGGUCGAAUUUAAUUGAUCAUAACUACCCCUUCAAGGAGGAUAGUGAUCGAUUCCUUUUAUCUUAGAAAUGUCCACUUUAAAAUGUGAUGUAUUAAACUAGUUCAAUGAGCUUUUGUCAACAAGUUUAAAGACUGAAGUAUUGUUUUCUGACUUGUUAUCAGAAACUUUUUGCUGUACUUACCAUCAGCAAAAGAUACAGAAUUAUGCUGUAGACUACCUAUUGUUAUUUCAGUUUCCAAAUGUUUAAUAUAUUGGUCAAUCCCAUAGUUACUGCUUUCUGUACAUGACAUAAAUGUCAUUUUUUAUAAGUCAAAAAUAACAAAUGAAAUAAGUAUUUCAUAAACUUGUUCUUUUAGUGAUAUCAUUCAGCUUUUCGUUUGUUAAAUGCUGUAGUCUUUUAUUCUGUAGGUAUUUACUCAAGACUAGUCAUAUUACAUUAAAAAAUAUAAUAUAUAUCCCUAUCAAUUUGAUAUUUGCUAUUUUCAUUGGAUGAAGAAAUGGUGUACCAGUUGAAUGUCCAAAUUUCUUUGUAUGGCAACUAUUGAAAUGCUCUAAUAAUUUUCACAAUAUUAUUUUCACAAUAUAAUAAAAUCGUCCAGUGCAAUAGUAACCACAUCAGUAAGCACAUCUUUUCUACUAGAAAGCACUUUUUCUGGACUUGGCCUUUCUGUCUUUAAUAUAUCCCACCUACAGGUUAGGAUAUCGAGGAAGUUAUAAGGCAUGCUAAUGUUAUUUAUGGCCUGCUGUUAUGAUGGCAACUAAUGAAGACUGCGGUUACGUGGUCUGCUCUGGUUCUUAAGCCAUAUUGCUUGAUCACUUAAGACAAACCUGAAUUCUGAAUGACUGAUAAGUGUUGCAAAAGGUAAAUGUACUGGCAUUUUUCUAGAAAAUAAGAAUUUCUGAUUUUGGCAAAUUUUGGUGUCAUGUAUAGAAUGAGCCCAGCCUGUCAAUAUGAUAUGCCAUGAGCUAGUUUGGGGGAAGGGAGGGGGUCACAAGGUCCACAGAUCCUUUGUUAUUUACUAAAUUCUUUUCAUGAUUGGGUUUACUUUGUUAACUUUCCAAAAAAUGAAUUCAGCAUGCCGACUUGCCAAGCCAGCUGAGACAGAAAUGUUGGGCCAGUUUUAAUUUGUUGAUCGGUUAGUGUUUUCAGUCUUGCAAUCAUAUUUUUCUCACAACAAAAAUGUAGGUUGAAGAUGUGGUCAUGUAAAAGUCAAUAAUAUUUUAUACUGUAGAAAUGACCUGUGUAAUAUGAUAAAGCAUGCAUAAAUGUCAUCUUCAUGUGGAAAAAGGGAGAUUGCUUGGAAAUAUAUUUAAGUAUUUUCCCCAAAACAAUUUGGAGAAUUCACAGUAUUUGGAAAGUUGGCUUGAUGGCAUGCAUUGCUUAACUUAUUCUUUCAUUUCAAUGAAGCGCACUUUGCAUGCUUGGAAUAUAAAUAUAUAUAUAUGAUGUUAAUGAUAGUACUCACUUAUAGAACUGUGAUAAAAUCUGGUAAGGAACUCAUGAAUAGCAGUUUUAUUUUAACAAGCUCUUGGUGUGGAAAAAGAAGAAAAUAAAUACCCAUUUAAAUGAAAUA